AUGGCCGACGCCCCUGAGCUGGCAGCCGGCGCACGCAAGGUGUUGGCCGAUGAGGUGGCUGCCCCAUUCCGGGAGGAGAUUCGCAAGGCCGUCGCCGAUAUGGGUGGAGUCGGACCAAAGCUGGUCGGAUUUUUGGCCAACGCCGACCCUGCGGCGAAGAAGUACGCCGAGUGGACAGGGAAGGCGAUGACCGCGGACAACCUUCGCUUUGAGCUGAGGCAGGUCGAGGAAGGAAGCCUGGAGGAUGAGCUCGAGAAGGCGAACAAGGAGCCCGAUGUCGAUGGCAUCAUGAUUUACUACCCCGUCUUCGGACAGAGGCCUAGCUUCCACGGCGGAUCCCACGACGACUACUUGCGUGACACCGUGUCUCCAUACAAGGAUGCAGAGGGGCUGAACCACUUCUACCGACGGGCGCUCUACCGGAAUAAGCGCUCUGUUGACUCGGCGGGAUCGAAGAAGUGCGUGCUCCCGUGUACGCCACUUGCAGUG